CCCCAGGGCUGGCGCCGGGUGCCAGGCGCGAGAGCAGACGGAACGGGAGCGCCGGCGGUAGUGCUGCGCGCGGGGCCCUGCGAGGCAAGUGACGUCCGCGAAGGCUGGGUCCGCCGAGGCGCAGGCACUGAAGACUGAAGAGGAGGAAAGAGAGGUAGCAGCGUGGUGUGGUUGGUGUUCUGAGUCUCCUCUGAUCACAGAAGAAAAAGCUGCCCCUUCCCCAGGGAGGCAAUAGCUGAGCCAGCGGAUUGUGAAGGAGACAGAAAUGUCUUUCCUUCAGGACCAAAGUUUCUUUACCAUGGGGAUGUGGUCCAUUGGUGUGGGGGCCCUCGGGGCUGCUGCCGUGGCACUGCUUCUGGCCAACACAGACAUCUUUCUGUCCAAACCCCAGAAAGCAACGCUGGAGUAUCUGGAGGACAUAGAACUGAAAACACUGGGGAAGGAACCCAGGACUUUCAAAGCAAAGGAGCUCUGGGAGGAGAAAGGCGCUGUGAUUAUGGCUGUGCGGAGGCCAGGCUGUUUCCUGUGUCGCGAGGAGGCUGCAGACCUGUCCUCCCUGAAGCCCAAGUUGGAUGAGCUGGGAGUCCCCCUCUACGCGGUGGUGAAGGAGCACAUCAGGACUGAAGUGAAGGACUUCCAGCCGUAUUUCAAAGGAGAAAUCUUCCUGGAUGAAAAGAAAAAGUUUUACGGUCCCCAAAGGCGGAAGAUGAUGUUUAUGGGAUUUGUCCGUCUGGGUGUCUGGUCCAACUUCUUCCGGGCCCGGAACGGAGGCUUCUCUGGAAACCUAGAAGGCGAAGGUUUUAUCCUUGGAGGAGUUUUUGUGGUGGGAUCGGGAAAGCAGGGCAUUCUUCUCGAGCACCGAGAGAAAGAAUUUGGAGACAAAGUAAACCCAGUUUCUGUUUUGGAAGCUGCUAGGAAGAUCAAACCACAGACCUUGGCCCCAGAGGGAAAAUGAUCUUGUUGAAACUGCCCAGCUCAGAGAUACCUGGGGUACUCACUUGUGUUCAUAGGAACUCACGCCCCUAAAGAGUUAGAAAACCAUCUGUACCUUAUUCCAGUAUGGGUUAUUAACGUGUUUGAAAAGUGUUCUCUGCUUAAGGCCUGAUAAGGCAAAAUAUCCCCCAAAACAAGACUGACAAAAAUCUAAGAAACUAGUGAGGGUAAUUUCAGCUAAACCCUGGCAAACAUGAGGCUUAAAGUUGACUACUGUACCUCAUUACAGACGUAUAUAGUGUUUGAUUGCUGCUAUUUGAAACACUUUUUAUUUUGUCUUCAGAUUUUAAGGAAAUUGGUAUUUGACUUGAAAUUAGAGAAUAAAGGUUUUUGGCUUGUGUUGUCUAUUACUGACUUCUUAUAUAAUGUAAAUCACACUCAUGAUGGAAUUAACGUGCCCCAGCAUGGUUUGAUAACAGUAAAUUAUAAAGUGAAAUCUGUUUUUUAUUGUCUUCCAUUCUAACCCUGGAGGUUCUCUCUCUGAAAAAAAUGAUCACCUCUGGCUCUAAUAAAAUUAUAUAUCAGAAAGAAUCAUGGCUUUUAAAAUCACCUAUAUAUACAAGUUUUUCUGGUAAAACUAACAAUAAAAAUAUUUACUGUAAUGCUGGCUGAAUUUAAACAUUGGUGCCAAAGACAUUAAAGUGAAAAGUCGCUAUUCUCCACAUGUACGGGGUAAAGCGGGAGAGGAUGCAAGGGCUGUGUAAAAACGGUGUGGGGGAGGUGUCUGACCUCCUCUAACUUCACAAGCUCAACAGUCGAACCCGAUUCCUAUGAGGCGGAGGUCAGACAUGCCUCCUCUCUCCACCAUUUUGACAAAGUCUGACACCAAUGAUCCCUCCCACGGCACUCCCUACUUCUCUGCUGGGUUUGAUAAUUCAUUGCAAUGGCCACAUAGAACUCACAGACAAUACUCAACGAUUAUGGGGUUUAUUAGGGAAGUAACAGGUACAAUUCAGGCUCAGGAACACUAAGGAUAUAGGUUUUCCGUCAGGGCAGCCUGUUCCCAGCUGUGCUUGCAGGCAUGCCUCUCCCUGGCCCUCUGCCUGUGCCCAAAGGCACUCAGGCUAUCUCUCUGGAAGAAAUGAUCACCUCUGGCUCUAAUAAAAUUAUAUAUCAAAAGAACCAUGCCUUUUAAAAUCACCUGUAUAUACAAGUCGUUCAUUCAUAAGACGGACGCGGAGUACCGGCUAUCUCGCUCUGUGAGGC